AUGAAGACCUCUGGAGCCUCUACACUGUUGUGUUUCUUAGCACUCUCCUUGUUCUCCGCUGACUGGUUUCCAUGGGCGGUCAAUGCGCAAGAACUGGAAAGUGCAACUGGUGAAGUUAGCACCGACUCUCUUAUCAGCACCCCUGCCGCAGCUCUCACACCACCUGUGCUUCUUAGUCCUGUUCAGUCCGACAGCGAAACUACAACAGCUUCAUCAGAUUGUCGUGAAGAAAAGUUCCCUUGCACACGCCUGUACUCUGUCCACAAACCAGUAAAGCAGUGUAUCAGCUACCUCUGUGUUACAAGUGUGCGUCGCAUGUACGUAAUAAACAAGGAGGUGUGCUCUCGCAUUGUCUGCAAGGAGAACGAGGUCAUGCAAGAUGAGAUCUGUCGCCAGCUGGCUGGCCUUCCUCCUCGACGUCUCCGCCGAUCUGGACAACCCGGGCACCUCCCUUGCAGACAACUCCUGGAGCAGCAGCGCAGAAGGCCUGAUGCUCUGUGAGCUACCAACAGUAGGAGAGAAAAAGGAAGGGAGAGAAGAGAAAUCAUCAUGCACUACCUACAACCCAAGACAAGUCCUUGUUUGUGAUUUCUCCACCAUUUCCUUGCUUCUCUGCCUUCCCCCAAAUCCUCUUCUUCAGGUGCUGUAGUACACAGAGUCCCCCCUCUG